AUGGAGAGAAUUAGACAAAAGGCGGCAGGAAACAAUCGGCAUUCAUCAACAAAGGCUCCGAGGCUAUCACUAUCAGAGGUUUCUUCGCGCGCCUGGCCAUUUGACAAUUCUCUAGCGGACUCCAAGUUCAAAGAAAAACCUAAAAACCGAAUCAGCUGUAUCUAUGAAAAUAGUAGUAUAAGAAAACCAAUGGAAAAAGUAUGCAGGUAUUUAAACAGCUUUGGUUUGUCAGGGGAACUCCCAGACAUUAGUUCCAUGACUGGUCUUCAAACCAUGAAUUUGGCCAAUGAUCAAUUCAGCGGAACAAUUCCAACCUCACUAUCAAAGAAGCUUAAGAACAACGACUUGAACCUAGUGGUGACAGGUAAUCUGGAAAUUCCUGCCAAAGCACGCCUUCAAGGCCAUCAUCUGGUGCCUCUUCCGGCUCCAAGAAGAAAAGCAGCAGCAAGCUGCUGA